UAGUUUGACGCAAAUAUUCUGCGACGCCGUGGUUCCCAUGCUUAAGCGUGCUUACCGUCAAACAGCAAUGGCUGCUGCAAUCGGUUUUUGUGGAGAUUGGUGUCUUCUAAGUUGCGGUAGCAAACUUCUAGCAGUCCACAGCAAACAAAGCAGAGACUCUUAUGUCUUUGACUGCAGCAUUGCUGAGAAGAAGGCAAAGACAGCCAAGGACGACAGCGACAGUAACAAAGGUGCUUCAGAAGAUACAAAAAGUGAUGACAUCCUUGCAUUCACUGUAUCACCUUCUGGAAAAUUAGUGGCACUGGCUGAUAACUGCAAGAGAGUGGUCUUAUUUCACUGUGAACAUUCAUGGAAGUGUGUCAGCAUCAGGUUUGUGGUGAGGAAGUGUACGGCUCUUGUGUUCACUAAUGCCGAGGACGAGCUGUUGGUGGCUGACAAAUCAGGAGACGUGUACUCUUUCUCUGUGGUCGAGCCACAGAGGGAAGGUGAACUGAAGAUGGGACAACUGUCCAUGUUGCUAAAUAUCACAUUGUCGCUGGAUGAUAAUUACAUUAUCACCGCUGAUUGUGAAGGGAAGAUCAGAGUGAGUCAUCGCAGGUCUCCAUACAACAUCCAGUCUUUCUGUUUGGGACAUAAUGAGUUUGUCACUGCAUUACUUGUCCCAUUGGCUGGUUGUCAAUUUCUGCUGUCUGGAUCAGGGGAUGGGACUGUGAAGCUUUGGGAUAUUGAAUCUGGAUGUAGGCUGCAUAGCUGUGACCUCAAUAUUUUUAAGGAGACUGAAACCAAGUUGAACGAAAAGCCAACAGUGUGUCGUAUUAUCAGCUCCCCAGAUGGGUCUCACAUAGGUGUGCUGUGUUCAAGAGUACCCACAAUCCAGUUUCUUACUCUCCAGCUGAUGGUUAAAGACAAGCUUGUACCACACAGUGUCCUUACCCUGCCGCACUGCCCAUUGGACAUUGCUUUUGACUCAGAGGGAAAGCUCUGGGUGAUGAUGGACUGCAGUGAUAAAAUGUUCAAUGUUUACACUCACAAGGAUGGAGAAUGGCAGUGUAAUGCUCAGAGCCUGGAAGUCAGUAGAAUUACAGAGGCUUUUAAUCCAGUCUGGGAGACUGUUGAAACCUCUACAAGGACCAAGCUCUGGUUUGAGCACUUGCACAAGAGAAGCUAUGACAAUGUGGCUAUGUAUAUGCAAAAAAAGGAGCAGAGACUGAAGGAGCAGCAGCUGAAGAGAGCAAAGCUGCAAAGAACAAACAAUAACAAAAAGGCGAGGAAGGAGACUUCAAUGAAGGAAGAUCAGUCAUCGUCAUCAACACGAAAACCUGAUGAUUGGCAAAAAGAAUGAUGGUGUACAAAACCUACAGAUACUGUUUGUUGCUAAAGCACUGGUGUAAAUUUUACGCAGGUGGUUUUUGGCAGUUUUUUUCUUAAUAAAAAUAUUGCUUACAUAAUACUCCUGACAUAUAAUGGCAUGUUGAAACAAACUAAAAGCUGGUGGCAAUUCUGUAAUAAAUAUUUUCUAAGGAAGUGGUUACCAUAUGGGGGGCAUAAAGCUAUUGCUUCACUAAUAUUUUAUUCCAUAAUUGCUGUCAUUUGUAUUUUUAUUUUUAGUUCAAUAAAAAUAUUAGUUUUG